CAGCCCUAAUAUUCUCUCCACUGACGCUCCUCCGGAAGUCCGGAUCGGCCGCGCACGGAGCUGCAGGCAAAGGGCUGCCGGCGGGCAAAACCCUUCGCCCCUUCGCAUGGCUUGAGUGACUUGGGCGGGCGGCGAAGAGGAGAUGCGGUUCACGGCGUCUCCGGUGGUGGAGCUGCCGGUGGGCGGCGCCGUGCUGACGUUCGAGCAGGACAACGACUCCUUCGAGGUGGGCACCUCCGUGUGGCCCUCCUCCCUCGUCCUCGUCAAGUUUGCCGAGCGCUGCCUCCGCGACCCGGCCCUCCCUUUCGCCGACGUGCUCCGGUUCCCCGGCACCCGCGCCGUGGAGCUCGGCUCCGGGUGCGGCCCGGCCGGACUCGGCCUCUCCCGCCUCGGCCUCACCGAUUUCGUCCUCACCGACAUCGCCGCCGUCCUCCCCGCGCUCCGCCGCAACCUCCGGCGCAACCGCUGCCACCUCCCCCGCGCGCCCCGCCUCGCGCAGCUCCACUGGAACUGCCCCGCGCACCUCGCCUCGCUCGCCUCCCCGCGCCGCUUCGACCUCGUCGUCGCCGCAGACGUUGUCUACGUCCAGGAGUCCGUACCGCACCUCGUCGCGGCUAUGGACGCGCUCGCCGACGCCGAGCGCGGCAUGGUGCUUCUCGGGUACCAGAUCCGGUCGCCCGAGGCGCACCAGGCAUUUUGGGACGCCGUCCCCGCCGCCUUCCCGGUGAUCGAGAAGGUGCCGCGGGAGCACCUCGACCCUGACUAUGCCUACGAGGAAUCCGAUGUUUACAUACUCCGCAGGAGGCCACGGCAAUGAGAUGGUGAGCUAUUGCUAACUAAUUGCUCGUCAAAAUUGCUUUGUUCACCUCAAAAGUUAUGAACUUUCAGUUAUGGUGACUCGGUGAGGAUAUGUAAUAGAAGUUGCUGAGCUUUUGUCUUGAGCAUUGUGUGGGCUAGCCGAUAAUUCGACAUGCUUCUGAUGAAUUAGACCAGGUUGAUAAUCAGACCACUACAAUAAGUUAUGGAGAAGUCGUUGCUUUCUGUUUUAGGCUUGGAGCAUCAGUUUAGAUGCAAAUGCUAUGCAUGAUGUUUUUGUUGUUGUUGUUGUUGUGAGAGGAGCUUACUAAGUGAUUUUGAGGAUGUUUUUUGUUGUGUA